AUGCCUUUAGAGGUCAAAACAAUAUUGCGUACACCCUUCUACGAUGACGUGCCACGUGCCUUCGUACGCAGCGGCGAAAAUAUCAGCGAUUCUACGCUCUUCGGACCGUACGCGCAGACCAUCUGGAAUUUCGCCAACCGGCAUCAAAUGUUCUUGGAAAUCAAUCGUGAUUUAAGUGAAAACUACUCGGAGAUCUACGAGCGCAUACAUAACGGCGAGUAUAACCUGGCGAUGAAUGGCGCAACGCUGGUCAAUCACGUGAAGCUUAAUGUACAAUUUAGUUAUCCACUUAAUUGGGUGAAGAACUGUAUAAUGGUGCCGCUGGAAGAUGAGUUGCCGAAGUAUUGGUAUAUCGUAUGGCCUUUCGGACGCUAUAUUUAUGGGUGUCUACUUUUUGGCAUCUUCUACAUAGCCAUACUUAUGCGUUACAUCGAAUAUCCGACCAAUGCCACGAAGCCAACGCGUUCAAUCACACGUAAUAUACUGCACAGCAGCGCGAUCAUAAUGUUUAGCUCGAAUAUGAAUGUACAGUUAAAGAAUGCACACAUACGCGUACUCUUCUUCUAUAUGUUACUCUUCGUAUUCGGCUUUAUAGUGGCCGCCUAUCAUGCGCCCUACUUGACCGCCUAUAAUAUGAAGCCCGUCUUUGUGCCGCCCAUCAACACGGUCGACGAUCUACUGAACGCUGAUAUUAAUGUGCUAAUCACAUUGAGUGACUUUGCGGAGAUUAAGCAUAAUAGUGUUGAGCAUAUACUCGCGCUGUCGCGUCUACUGCGUGAGCUGCCAUGACAGGAGUUUCAGGAUGUCUUAGACAAAUUGAAUCGCAAUUACGCUUAUGUGGUAACAGAGGAUCAAUGGAAUUUUCUAAAUCGUCAACAACGCAUACUCAUACAACCAUAUUUUCAUCUCUCAAAGAUCUGUUUUGGCACUGUCUUCAAGGCUAUACCAAUGCAAAGCGAUGCCGUUUGGUUUGAGACGCUCAAUUUAUUUAUUUUAAUUGUACGCGAGUCGGGUCUUUGGGGUCAAUGGGAGGAGCGCGCAUUCAAUGAAGCUGUACGUGCUAAGUAUGCACAAAUAUUUACCGACACCUAUCCGGUAGAAUCUUUAAAUUUGCGUUUCUUUACAAUUGCGUGGAUCGUCUUGGCGUCAGGUCUGCUUUUAAGCUCAUUGGUAUUCGCCAUCGAAUAUUACAUCUAUAAACAUUACAGCGUCAAACCGGUGGAAUACCAUCGCUUCGUGUAUUAG